AUGCCGGAUUCACUACUCUGGAUUAACAAGGACAGUGGGUCGACAGUUCUGUCGCGCAGUUCCAAGGCCGAAACUCGACAGAUUCGAAAACAUGUCCAGCACGAAAGACAACUCAGAGCCAAAGCCGCUCAUGACGCGGCUGCUAAGUCGACCCCUUCAGCAGAAAAUAACCCCAAGAGAAUCAAAGGAAAGGAUCAAGUUGAGGCUGAACAGACACCAGUUGCGCCAGGACAGCCAGAUCUUCGCCUGGAUACAAAUGUGCAAGUUCAAAGUCCUGAUUACCCGCGUUCGCUCUUCCCAGCGUCUUUAUCACCAACUGUCAGGUCCCCCAUGACCCCUUCGACCCGAAUCUUGCAGGCCGUAAGCACUUUCCCGGGACUUGAGCCCCAGGAGUUGCGCAGCUUGGUUUUCUUCUGCCAGAGAACCGCGCCCGAGUGGUCCGGUUGGAGAGACGCAAUAUUCUGGAACAAGCUUAUCCUUCAGGCAUGUCACAUGAAUCGCUCUAUUCUCCAUGGAGUAGUCGCCCUCGGCGCACUUCAUGAAUCGUCCGAGGUGGACGGAGAGUCAGAUGAACGCUCGAAUUUGCAAGAGUUGGCUCUCCACCAGAGCAGCAAGGCUUCUCGAAUAGCGUAUGAAACCGCAAUGUCUGAUAUCGCCACUCUAAUCUCGUGUGUCAUCUUUAUAUGUCUACAAAAUCUCCAGGACAGCCACACCGCCUAUCAACUACUGAAGUCGGGACAUAGCUUGAUUACCGACAUUGACAAAAGACUAGGAACCGGUGAUCUCAGCCUUUCUGACAGCGAAAAGACGGUCCUGAACAACUUCCUUCGCCCCAUCAUUGAGCGUCUGCGCAUGAGGUUCUGCAGUAUCGUCGACAUCCCUUCUGCCUUGGCCCUCAGUGCCUCCAUCAAACUGAGCAAGGUGGAACAUCGCUUGACGCUGCCAGAAAUCCCCUACUGCUUUGGAAAUCUCCUCGAGGCGCGCAACAAGCUUGAAGAAAUUGUGGAGUGGGCGCAAGAGAAUAUAGAUCCGUCGUUCGCGCCCAGUGAACAGCGGUCACAGGUGCAGGCUUUGCUGGCAAGCUGGAAUGCCGCUCUCGAAGACACAAGGAUCACUGCGCUUGAGCGAUAUGAUGCUCUGGUCACUUCGAAGAAGCUCCUAAGAGCCGCCGCACUGGUCGCCUCGAUCCUGUUCGAUACUCUGGGGACGAGUGAGGAAUGCAGCUAUGAUCGCCACCUUGACAAAUUCGCGGAGAUUGUUGAUCUUUACACUGAGGCCAUCGGCAACCCUGCUAGAGCUUUUAGAAGAACCUCGUUCGGAAUCGACUCUGGGGUGAUCGAUACCUUGGCCUUUGUUGCUGGAAGAUGCCGCGAUCCAGUUGUUCGGAGAGCUGCCGUCCACUUACUAGCCCAAACAAACAGGACUGAAGGUGACCUUCAAGGCUGUACAGGUAGCACCAUCUUGGAGACACUCAUGGAGCUGGAGGAGGAUGGUGUCGUUGCGACGGAAGCAAGCCAGAUUCCAGAAUCCCAAAGGUUACGCAUCUGGGAGGACCACCAAUACUGGGAUACUGGCAAGAUUCAAAUUUUCUUCGUCAAGUGGCCUUACGACCCCUCACUGGGUGCUGAAAUCAAGACGGCUUCAGUCUACCUGCCGUUGAAGGCGCUGAGGACGGCAAAGGAAAAGGCGACUCCUGGCAGCCCGACAGGAUUGCCCAAUGUCAAGUAUGGUCGGGGGGUCGGCGCGUUUCUGGAAGAAGGCACCCAAACCUACCAUCAUAUCACAUUGUCUUCCUUUUUCAUGCCGAUGCCGAGGCUCUGA